GAGAAAAAUUUCAAACAGAGAUUCUAGUAUGUUGUCAAAAGACAGGAGUCACACCAGAAGUAAUGUUUUCCAAACAGAAAAAUGCCUCAGGAGAAAAGGAAAGUCUGAGUACUUUGUCACUUCUUCAAACGCAAGCACUUAAGGAUCAAUUUCAAGAUUGCGAACCUUCACCUCUGCCAAGAAGACCUGAAGUUGAUGAAGCCAUAAAGAAUGAAUUGAGAAAGAGAGUUUUUACUCUUCGUCGAUGGUUGCCAAUUAAGGAAGACGUGGGAACCUGUUGGUUUGACCUUGGCUUAAAACUUCAGAUUCCUUAUGGCGAACUUUGCAAUAUAGGAGAAGAUUAUCCUCACGCUAAAGAUAAAGGAUCUGCCGUACUUCGAUCAUGGUGGAACAGAAAUGGGCGUGAUGCAACUGUAGGAUGCCUUUUGGACGCCUUCGAAAACAUUGGUCAAAAGAGGAUUGCAGAUGCAUUCGUCGACCUUGAACUUCAGGAAACGUAUAAAGAUCAGACGGAAACGAGUCGAAAACUUCAAGAGAAGUGUAACAGACUUAAGUUUGAGAUCUGUGAUUGCAAAAACGUCCAGGAACGUCUGAGGUCAGAAAUCCAGAUUUACGAGAAAGACAGGGCAUGCCUGAAGUCAGAGAUCCAGGAUUACAAAGAAAACGGGGCAAGUCUGAGAUCAGAAAUCCAGGUUUACAAAGGCCUCAUCAGUACACUUCGUGAUGAAUUAAGCCGAACACGUUCACCAGUGGAACCUCAAUCAACCUAAAGAGGAAAACAAAAACAGAAAAUGGCACUAGCUCUUCAAAAUAAAUGAAAACAAAAAUAGAAGUGAAACUGAAAGUUUUAAAUUUUAGUCGUUCGUCAAAUGUUGAGACUUCUCUAAAAGUCUAGAGGACUAGCAAAUGGCUUCAGGAACAUAAUGCAGCAAGGAGGUUUUUAAUCAUAACUGCGUACAUUCUUACAUAGAGAAGAAUAUUGACGAUCGCCUUACGGUCGCUUUGGUGUGAGUUUGUGUACUGUGUCACCAUGAGUGCAAUUAUACUGGUAGUAGUAGAGAUGAAAAUUUAGAAAAUCGAAGGAACGCGAUUGUGUCUUGUAACUUAAGGCGAAUGCAUGGCGGUCAGGUUAAGAGGUAAAAUAUGUAAUUUUUUUAUCGUUCCUUCUUGAGAUGUAACAAAGAUCAUUUUAGGGGGAAACACGAGACGUGGUCGAGUCUUUCUCGCCACUUGUUGAGUGCUUCAGCCGCUUUCUUAGUGCUUUACAACAGAACAGAACACAGUCAACGUUUUUGUAUCGUUUUUAUUGUAAAGAUCCCGUCAAAGUCUCUGCACAUUACUUUAUUUCUUUGAAAACAAACUUUAUUUCUGGAGCGAACAAAAGUGUGGACAGCCGAUUUUAUAGAAUACUUGUUAGAAGGGUUCAAAUAAUCUGAUUGGUCGAGUAAGACUACACCUGUGAAAACUGUAAAAUCUUCAGAGUUUACAGUCUGCAAUAGUUAGUAAACCAUAAUGGUUUAGCAGGUCGAAUUCAACACUUGUGCUUUUGGUUUUUCAGUCAUCCGAAUCUGAAAUUGAAGUGUUCAGCAAAAUCUAGCCGAAUUGUGACUUAUAAAAACCCAUCAGAUUUUUCAGUAACAUGACAAUUAAAAAACAAAUUACUCAAUGCGCUAUGUUUUAGGAAUGAACCACAGCCGAAUUCAAGGUAACGUGAAGAUUACUUGGGGUGACAGCGGCUGCUGUGGCCCAAGCUGAAGGAGUCAUUUCUGUGGGCGCCUAAGGCCCCAUCCUGUUCCUCUCUUAGGUUUUCUUUCCCUUGAGUGCGUGGGCAAAUACAGUAUGCCUCAAAAUCCUCCCUUUCCCUCGCGAGACGUAAGGCACUUGCCAGACUUGCCUGUUCAGAGUAACGAUGAGCUGUACAGAUAAUCUUUCCUAAAUGUUAAAUUGUCCAGCAAAAAUGGUAAGCUCACUGAAAUAGUUUGCUCAGUGUGGGGUAUCUCUGAACAAAAGAUUAAGAUAGGGUCACUCCACACGCAGUUUUCAAUAACGAGCAAAAAUACCGCUUGAAAAAUAUUUCCUCCUAAUUUGGAAAAUGUU